GCUGCGGAAGCUCACGUGCUGUGUUUGCUUGUCCUCCGAGAGACGCGACGCGGGUACGGGGAAGAGAAACGGGGUUCCGGGCGGGCGCCCAACCAGAAUCUUAUCUAAAGGCAACCCGUUCAUAUUUUGCAAGAGUUGUCGUAUCUUCUAUCCAUUGAUCAAAGGGCGUGUAGGAAAUCUAGGGUGAGGAUACCAGGCUGCUUAACCCACAUAAUCCCCACCCCCAAGAAUCCUUGGAACUCCAGCCUACAGCCAUGGCUAUCCUGUUUGCAGUUGUAGCCAGGGGCUCCACGAUCCUGGCCAAACACGCUUGGUGUGGAGGAAACUUCCUGGAGGUGACGGAGCAGAUCCUGGCCAAAAUACCCUCUGAGAACAACAAACUCACCUACUCCCAUGGAAACUAUCUGUUUCACUACAUCUGCCAGGACCGGAUUAUAUACCUCUGCAUCACUGAUGAUGACUUUGAGCGUUCCAGAGCUUUCACGUUCCUGAAUGAAAUCAAGAAGCGGUUUCAGACCACCUAUGGCUCCCGUGCACAAACAGCUCUGCCAUACGCCAUGAACAGCGAGUUUUCCAGUGUUCUGGCUGCACAGCUGAAGUACCACUCAGAGAACAAGGGCCCUGACCAGGUGGCAGAGACACAGGCCCAGGUGGACGAGCUGAAAGGGAUCAUGGUCCGCAACAUAGAUCUGGUGGCCCAAAGGGGAGAAAAGCUGGAGUUGCUGAUAGACAAAACUGAAAAUCUUGUGGAUUCGUCCGUCACUUUCAAAACUACCAGCAGAAACCUGGCUAGAGCGAUGUGCAUGAAGAACCUCAAGCUCACCAUCAUAAUCACCAUAGUAUCCAUUGUCAUAAUCUACAUCAUUGUGUCAGCUGCUUGUGGUGGGCUCUCGUGGCCGUGUGUCCACAAGUAGCUGUUGGAACACGUCUACAUGAGAGCACACGUGAGCAAGAAUUUCUGAAGGAACGAC